CAGGAAGCGGGGAACGAGCAGAGGUAAGCGACCUCGAUGCCUUAUUAUACAUUAUCCUUCACGUUGCAUAUCCAUCUGACUGAUAUUGCAUUGCAUCGCACGUUGCUUCAUUUUUCAUCAUUUGCUAUUUAUAGAUGGAAUGUAGUACUAAUAACAUUCCUGUGCAGAGUACCUCUUUCCUUGGUGUACCCACUGAUGACGAUGAGAUAUCCAUCUUUGUCAAGGACAUUGAUGCGCGGAAGCCACUUAACGCCCAACGUCAACCUUCGCCUGCAUCUACACAGGGCCCACCCACUACCCCCUCACAUACCAAGUCCGACUCCAUGGGCUCCGCGGGUCCAAUGUUGACACGAGAAGAAGAAGUCGACGAACGUUUACGCCACAUGAAUGAGACGUUCCUUGCGAGCUUGGAGGGACUUGGUAGUGGCCGGAGAAGAGGCAGUAUGGGUGGACAUUCAGCGGGCGGAAGCCCUAUCUCGAGUACAAGUGGACGUGAUGAGGGAGAGAACAGAGGUAUGCGACGCACGGAGAUCCGGCGGGGAACGUCAAGACCGAGACUUGGCUCCUUACGCAGCAUGAGCGCCAAUGACGUAGCUUCGAGUGGCGGGUCUGCAGAAGUGAUGGGGAAGUUGGAACUCGACGAGGAGCCUCGGGCACAAAGACAAGGUCCCCAUUAAUCCUUGUGUCUUUUGCAAGCCGCAAGGUCAGAAUCUGAGUUACUCGGCGAUUACUGAUUUUCAUGGCAUCAUCCUCGCUGUUAUAUUAUUUUUACGCAUUUUAUAGCCAUUUGCUUCAUUAACUAUCGUCAUGCAUACCCGAACUCUCGUCUUUAUCAUAUGCAUAAGUUCUAUACGCAAGGUUGAUUGGAUCCACAAAUGACAUGUGUUAAUGAGUGUAUGUGGGUCUAGUAGGAAUUG